GCCGUUCUGUUUCCGACUCAUGUUCAUAUGCACCAUAAUGUCUCUGUUUCAUUCGGUAUAUGUAGCAGUCAAGUGCAUUAACUGACAAAACAAAUUUGAAGCACCUUAUGUCUCGUUGCCACUCUGUAACUUUGGCUGCACAAGGAGUUACGCCAGUCUUUGCGCUGGAGGGUGAAAUCGAACACAAUCAGUGGCACCUUCAUGGUUUUUAUUUUGGUCGGUCAGUCAAUACUCAAUAUACUUUUGAUGAGACUAGGAUGUUAGGGUUCCCGUGUCAAUGUGGUUUACCUCAGCGCAGUAUACUUGAGAAUGCCAAAUGAGUGUCUCCGCAUACUGGCAGAUUAUAAGCUUUGGUCCUUUCUGAUAAGACGAGGAAACAAUUAGUGGGUUUACGUUAAAAUUGUUGGUAAAAAGGUAAAGGCAGCUCCAACCCACAACUUUGGAAACUUGGGAGACAGCAAAGGGUAUACAAGUAAUAUUCAUAUGCAUUGUAAUGUGUACAGCCUGUGGUCACAAAGGCCAGCGAGGAGCAAAAGAGUCUGAUAUUAAUAAUAAAUGAUAGUACAGGAGAAUAUAACAGGCUGUCAAUGAAAACGUAAGAAUGUGGGGGUGACAACUACUUAGUUUAUUACUCCUCUCCUAUGCGCUCUAAGUUUUUAGUUGGGAGGUUUCAUAUCACAUUUCUUCCCCGAAAGCCACAUCUGAACUACAUCAAUACCCUCUUUACCUACAUUCUCCCAACCAUCAUCAUAAUGAGCUCUCUUCUUCAUAGUUUUCAGAGCAAGGAAGCUCUGCCAAUGUCGCAACCUGCCGAAGAAACCGGAGGAGAAGGACUUGGUGUCCGCAAAAGGCUGUCUGCUCUCUCCUUAAGGAUGAACAUGCGCACGAGGUCUGCUUGCCAACAACCCAUCCUCUCAUUCUACUCCACCUCCACCAACUCCUCCUCUUCAUGGGCAUUUCGCCGAUCCAAAUCCUUGUCGUCUUUAUCGGCCGGAGUGGGAGAAUACGCUGGCAGUUCCAUUAGGAAAUGGUGGGAGUGGGGAGUGGGCUGGAUUAUGUCCAAGAAGCCAACGUUUGCCGAUGAUCUGGAAAUGAACGAAGAGGAGAAAGCCGUAUUGGGAUGUCACAGCAAGGGCAGCUGGAGGCACGUCUUUUACAAAGUAAGGUCGGAGCUGCGAAGGCUGGUCCGAUCCGGCAACAACGUGGGUCUACCUCAAACCUUCCGUUAUGACUCCUUCAACUACUCCAAGAACUUCGAUGACAGCAAGCCUAACUUGUUCAGCAACAACUGAUCAUGGAUAUGCCUGCCCUUUCUUCUGGAAGCACCAUACAUAAGCUAGCUCCUUUUGUGAUGUUGGUUCAUUCAUUGAUUGAUUUCAAAAUUGUUGAUAGAUUCAAGUGGUUGCAAAAUAACUAAUGUAGAUCGGAGUUAAAUGUCUCAUAAUGCAGCCACGUUAGUGCUAUUCUAUCCAUGUUAAGGGUAAUAUUGCAGCAAGUACGUACGUAAAUGUAUAAAUCAGUAUAAAAGUGAAUUAAUUCAUAGCGCUCCUGGAGGCAUUCAUCUUCAUCAUACAGUCGAUUGGUCAGCAGCUACAGUACAGCCGCAUAAUGCUAGUUGAUUGAAGGUGAAUCCAAUGCCAGCCUGAGCAUGUCCUUGUAUUAUUUUUUGUUUUCUCCUCUUCCUUGUCCUUGUAAUUCUUUUCACCAUUUUUGUGUUUCAUGUCAUAUUAUGUACUUUUCUCCAUUUGAUUUAUGCAUAAAUAUAGAUUUUGUUAGCCAAAA